AUGUCAAGUUUAUUUCAAGCUAUUGGUGUUAGUAUCUUAACAAACGUCUUAACUGUGUCAACGUUCGCAUUGAAUCAUUUGGGUUUGGGUGGAUUAAUCAAUUUGAAUUCCCAUACUGGAGAUAUCAUUCCAUUGACUCAAUCUCCUAAAGCUUAUUAUAUUCGUGGAUUAUGGAAAGAUUUGAACAGGGUGAUCAAUGUGUUUGAUAAACACGGUAACCAGGUGUUUUCUUUUGAAAGGUUAUCGUCAUUAAACCCUGUUUGGUCAAUGCUAACAUUCCCUGAAAGAAAAGAAGUAGCUACCAUCAAUACCAGAUUUUUUGCUAGAUCAAUUACUUUCCAUCAACUUCCUGGUAUCACUCAUAGGAAGAUAUCUAGUGAUUAUGGGUUGGGUAGUUCCAGUCAAACGUUUUACUUGAACGAUGGUGCUUUAUAUGGCUGGACUAGAGGGUCUAAAUACCUUGAGAAAGUCAUUAAUCCUAAUGGGUCUAUGGAAGAAAGAAGAGAAAGACUUGCUAAGGUCAAGUUAAUGAGACAAUUCAAGUUUGACUUCGAAAUGUUAGUAGACACUCAACAGAUUAGACCAGAAGUUGCUUUAAGUACGGGAUUUCUCUCAAUGUUGACUCAAUGGGGGAUGGGAGAGACCACUGAUACUAUUGGACCUACUUUUAUUUCUGAGGUUACCACAGGUCCUGAGUUAGUGUCAGACAGAGGUACACAGCCGGUAGGUCCAGUCAACAGUCCAGUUACCAGUCCAGUCACCAGUCCAGUCACCAGUCUCUCUAACUCACCAGAUAUAGUUCUUAUCAUCUAG